AUGCUAAUUUUUCUAUUUACUACGCUUGCCAAAGGAAUUGAUACGCCACUUUCAUCAUUUCGGUUCCAAGACUUCACAGCUCUCGGAUAUAGUCUAAUGCAAAUUAUAUUUGCAGCGGCGAUAAGCUUUAUAGCAACACUUGUCAUUUUCUUUGUUAAUGAAAAAGCGUUUACAAGUUUCUUAGGAUCAAAAUCUCUCUUUAUUAGUGAAUUACAUUACUUAAUUUUAAAUUCUUUAGCAACAGUUGCAUUACCAAUUAUACUCAUCAAUUAUUCAGUCGGUCAUAUUGCUCCAGCUGUAGUAUCUCUAUCAUUUCCUUUGAUUCCACUUUUCACAAACCUAGCCAACAUGUUUAGUAUAUACAAAGAGGUAGUUCCACGUAGAAAAUUACUAUCUAUGGCCUUUUCGGCUGCUGGUUUUAUUACUUCACUUUCAUUAUAUUCAAUUAAAGCGUUUAAAGAUCACGAACUUAUUCAAUUACUUACCGCCGUUAUUGCCUUACUUGUAGCACACAUUGUUUACGCAUUUGGAGAGAGAUUUACAUCAGAAUUAAUAAUACAUUUGGAUCCGUAUGUAGUUCCUCUUUCUAAGUAUCUUAUAAGUGCUGUAUUUAUAGUAAUUUUACUGUUAAUAUUUGAUCCACUCCAAUUUCGGAUCAUGGAUGAAUCAUUUUCAAAUAAAUCAGGGAAUUUUAUAAUUCCUGCUAUGACAGGGAUAUUCAGUAAGGCAUUCUCAUAUUAUCUAUCUUAUUUCAUCAUUAAUCCUUUCGGAUUUAGCAUUUAUUCAAUAGUUUUUUAUCCAAUUUCAUUAAUUUCAUUGGCCUUCAAUGGUCUUUUCUCCGGAAAGUUGUUUAAUGACUUACCCAUUACUCUAUCAUUCCUUAUUGCUGAAGAAAUGCAUAUUAUUGCGUUAAUAUUAGAUUUCAUUUCUCCGAUUGUUACAACAAGGAAAGAUGAAAGAAACAGACUUAAUAUUAAAUCACGUGGAGAGAAUACAACUCCAUAUUCAACAAUUAAUCAAAUUGAUAACGAUGAAAAACUUACUCUCGAAGAAGAUGCCAUUUAA